AUGCUUGGUUUACUAAUCGGGUCAACGCGGUGGUGGCUCGCGCCUGCUCGCGCGACUGGGGGCGGCGCGCCUGCUCUAUGCAGAACGGCGGCGGCGGCCGGAUCCGUGCACGGCCGGGACUGGGGAGGCGGAUCCGGGGCGGGCGGCGAGGCGUGGGUCGCUGGUGAAGACAAGGCCGGAGCACGGUUUCCCGGGCGGAUCCAUGGCAUCACCGACGCUGGGAAGAAAGGAAACAUGGAGGUGAGGGAGAGAAGGAAGAAAGGAGGGGCGGUGCGGCGACCUAGGCAGGAGCUCGCCGGAGCGUGGCGACGCCGGACGGGCGCGGGAGAGGGGCGGAUCCAGUGUGACGGCGCGGAGUCCUUAAAUAUUCAGACUCGUCGUAUUUCCUUCUUCAUCCUGCUGGUGUUGUUCGUCCAGAGAAAGGAGAAGAGGAAGGCGGCAACGCCGCCGGCCGGUUGGAUGACAGCAACCAGGGCACGGGUGGUGCAGCCACUCCGACGAGUAAGAAUGAGGACUUACCACCAGACAUCGCUUGGCUGUACAGCGACGAUUUUCGCCGAUAAUCCGUCUACUCAUACUCGACCAUUCGCCGGAACUUUGUCUGACCUGAGGUAUAUACUACUUUUUUAUCACUUUUACUUCUUCUCACCGGAUGCAUGCAUGCUUCUCCGCACAGAGCAACACGUGGUGCAGCUAGCUGCAGCGAGGACCAACUUGACUUGAUGGGGAUACAAUUACCAAGAAAGAAUCAUACUCCUGUAUGAUCCAAGAUAUUGCACGAACAAGCUUGGGUGGAUACAAUCACCAAGAAAGAAUCAUACUCCUGUAUGACCAACUUGACUUGAUGGGGAGUACCUGAACUUACCUUUAUGCAUUGCACGAACUACCAAGAUAUUAUAUCUUCCUGUAUGAUCCAUAACUCAUAGACAUGGGUAGCGAUGGGAUACCAUUUGGUAUGAACAACAUCAUCAUCUUGCAAUUCUAACAUGUAUUCAUUUAACUUAUUUAUCCGCAUAAUAGCGAUGGAUCUUACGUAUGCCUAUUUUAUUUGAAUCUAAAAUGCAAUUAACUCCUUAAUUUGCCUUCAAAAGGAUGAGCGAUCUGGCAUGUAAGCUUAGCUCGGCGGUUCAGAUUAUCACUGUUAGUCUUUUGGUCAUGGCAAUAUUUUUAGACUUCUUGAGAUAGCUCGACCAAUCUGGUGUAAAGCUAUGAAGGCAUUUUGCUUGGAAACAAUACUGAAAGGAUACCUUAACUUCAUUUUAUCCCCUAGAUUAGUAUAAGUAUAUUAAGUCCCGUUUAUUUAGAUGUAUAGCUUGCAUGACAGUUUUGUUUAAAUAAAUUUUUGGGGCAUUUAGCAAUUCUCACAUAUGUUGUUAGCUAUGCACUUGCUUUUCAAGAUAUCAUUUCCAAUCAUGCAUGCACUUUUUAUUUCAUGUCGAUAACAUGGCUGAUGCUUCGCGAAAUGUCUAAACGAGAUAGAUAGAUAGAUAUAUAGAUAGGCACAGAUAUAGAGUAUGUGAGUGAUGGAGCAUGAUGUGGUCUUGAACCUUUGGACUAGGGGGAGCUAAUUAUUUUUCUCCCGUUGCAACGCACGGGCAGUUUUUGCUAGUAUAUCCAUACAUGAUGUUAGCGGACUCACAUUUCCUCUUUUAUUUCUCAGGUUCACAUCCUUUUGACAGUUUGUAGUUUCACAAAAACAAAAUUUUGACAAUUGUACCUGUGGACAUAUACCUAAUUGCGACUGCACUUUUCCAUUGUAGGCAUGUGUACCUCACAGACUUGGCACGUGCAACACAACAUAUCCUUGUACACAAUUUUUUUAGGGGAAUUGUACACAAAUAUUUGUAUGUAACGUUGUAUCUUCAAAUUACAGCCAUUUAUAUCUAGGAUUUAACAGUAGAGGAAAUUUAAUCUAUGUGGAAGAACGUGAAAGCUCGUUUGUCUCUUGUCUUAAAAAUAUAAUAGAUCUGGCCAUGAACCAAAAGUUCAUUUUAUGUUUCAUUUUAGAUGUGCAAUGCACAUGCACAUGCACACACUAUCUCUGUACUGUUCACAGCAGCGCUCUAAAAUACUUGUGUUCACUUCAGUGUCAUAUCUUCCAAACCUUGCGCGUUAUAAAAUCCUUUUGGAAUUCACAGCUCGUGGCAACAAUUCUGUGCAGUACAUAUUGCCACAUUUUAUAAUUAUCGAACUCCAAAGAGAACUAGUUUUAUUGCCGUAACAUUAGAUUUUUAUACGCAUGUUUUAUAAGAUCUCGCAUUAUCAUUGCAAGGCAUAAUACGACUAUAUCUUUCUAGUGAAAAGAAACAUAUAUUCAAAAGUAUAUUAUUACUUUCCAUAUAGAGCAUAUACUUUUGUAUGUUUGUGCCGAACUUUUAUACUCCAUCCUUCUCAUCUUAGUUGUCGCUGAAACGAAUCUAUCAAGAUGCAUGUAAGAAACAUAUAUUCAAAAGUAUAUUAUCAUUUUUCAUGCAGAGCAUAUACUUUUAUAUUUUUGUGCCGUUCCUUUUAUUCCAUUCGUCUCAUAUUAGUUGUCGUCGAAACGGAUGUAUCUAGAUGUAUUUUAGUGUCGGAUACAUCCGUUUGAGCAAAAACUAAUAGAGGACGGAGGAAUUAUUUGAAAAAAGUAAAAUAUUCAAAGAUAUAGCCGUGUAGGUAUCUUUUUUAUACAAAGGUAGAGUAUAUGGGGAAUAUAUACACGUUUUUUAGGUCUAGCAUAUAAUUUUGAAGGUAGAGUCCAUAG